AUGACUGGGCGCGCGUUUGAGCUGCUUGUAGUAAGGCGUCUGAAGAACCUUCUGGGACCGACGUUGAGCUUGUCGCUUACUGGUGGGUCCUAUGACGGCGGCAUCGACGCUCUUGGGACGUGGUGCGUGCAACUUCAGCAGUCGGGAACGGCGAACGUCGCACUGCGGCGGCUUGCGCUCGCCGUGCAGUGUAAACAGUUGAAACGCGCAGUAGGACCGUCCGUGGUGCGUGAGUUCGAGGGUGCCGUGCGCAACUGGAAACGCGAGCUUGAAGGACACUCGGUGAACAAGACGGGUCUCGCAGGUGUUUUGGGCCUUCUCUGUGUGCAGCCACGCUUUACGGAGGCAGCCAUCGCGGUAGCCGGUCGUAACGAGGUACCGCUUGUAUUGGUCGUUCUGGAACGACCGCCAGAGCAGCACCCCGAGCACCAUGAAGAUCGUGAAGCUUGCAUCGUAGAAUUUCGGUUAAACAGGGCUGCUCGGUACCUCUUACCGCACAUGACAGUUUCAACGAAAAAAAUACCCUGCGAAUCUCCACUAGGCUCCCCGCUGUUUUUCGAGCAGAUCAGUCUCUGUUACGAAUGA